CUUUUGUUGAAAAUAGAUAUAUUGAAUAUGAAAAUGCAUCUAUUCCAAAUUCAUUAGUUAAAUUGUUAUUUGGUGAUCAGAUUAAAAAAAUAAUAUCUGUUUUAUAUAAAAAUAGACAAAAAAGCUUUGUUCUUGAUCUAUAUGAAUUUGAUAAAAUGUUUGAAAAUAGAGAUUCAAAUUUGAGAAACUUUUUUACUAAAAUUUGUAAUAUAUUAAUAUCAUAUGAUCAUUCAGCUUAUAACAGAAAUAAGAAUAAUAAAAAAGUCAUUAUAAUUUUGCAUUUAAUAGCUGAAUUGCAUAACAAAUAUAUUAACAAUUUUAAGUUAGAACUUGCCUUGUAUCUUACUAGAUCUGGAACAAUAUAUGAUACAAUUGAUAUAUUAUAA